UGCAAGAGCUAGCCGGUGCUGCACAUGUCUAGGACUAUGGCUCCGAAAAACUCAGCUGUAUUCCUCCUUGGGCUUCUUCUCUCAUGCGUAGCCAUGAGUAGUGCGGCGAGAAUCCUUGAGGAGGCCGUUCCAUCCAAGGAGGAGCACCAGCCCGAGGGGCCACAAAUUCCGAAGGUUGAGCUGCCACCGUUCCCGGAAGUGCAUCUGCCACCUAAGCCCGAGCUUCCCAAGGUGAAGCUGCCGCCGGUCCCGGAGGUGCACCUGCCACCUAAGCCUGAGCUUCCCAAGGUGGAGCUGCCGCCGGUCCCUGAGGUGCACCUGCCACCUAAGCCCGAGCUUCCCAAGGUGGAGCUACCGCUGGUCCCGGAGGUUCACCUGCCACCCAAGCCGGAGCUGCCCAAGGUGGAGCUGCCAACGUUUCCGGAGGUUCACCUGCCACCCAAGCCGAAGCUGCCCAAGGUGGACCUGCCACCGAAGCCCGAGAUGCCCGCUGUUCCCGUGUUCCACUUCCCAAAGACGGAGGCCAAGCCGCGAGAAUUGCCUUCUCGAUAAUGUCGCCUCGUUCUACUUUGCUUGUACAUGUACCCUAGUGUUGUGUUGGUCGACGGUCUGAUUGUUUAGUCGUGGUCGACGAUCAUUGUGAGUGAUAUGUUUAUAUAAAUAUAUAUUGCUAUAUACUAGAAAUA